GCGCCCGAACGCCACGCGCCCAAAGCGUUGCAUUCAGACGCUCUCUUCCCUCUCUUUUCAACCUUUCCCCCACGCCGACUUGAUGGCUCAAGGCAUCAUUGAGACCCUCACUGCGGCUGCAAGAAUCCUCUUCUCAUCAUUGGGGCAACAGAAUACACGUCGACUUGGAACAGCAAGUCUGGCACUGUGGGUGUUGCUGCGGUAUGCGUUGAGCAAGUCAUCCAAGGGCAGGCUCCUCACCAGUCCCGAAUCCGUCGCUCGACCAGUGGAUGUUAAUGGGAUGGAGUUCGAUGAGUGGGAUUUCAUCGUUGUUGGUGGAGGGACUGCGGGGUGCGUUCUUGCAUCUCGUUUAUCUGAAAACCCAACGUUUCGCGUGCUGCUGAUUGAAGAUGGUGAAAGCGGAAAGGCUUUGGUGGAGUCAAGAAUGCCCUCUGCUUCGGCUGCCCUCUUCCGCUCUAAGCAUGAUUAUGAGUUUUACACUGAACCACAAGUGCAUGCGGCUGACCGCAAAGCUUUUUGGCCAAGAGCUCGACUGCUUGGCGGAUGCUCCUCUAUCAAUGCACAGAUGGCACAGUACGGGGCGCACUCAGAUUUCGAUGAGUGGGCUCAAGUCAUUGGUGAUGAUUCGUGGUCGUGGAAGCAUUUUAGCAGAUACUUCCGUAAGUUUGAGAACUUCCAACCCGAUCCAGAAUACCCCCACAUCGACGUCUCGCAGAGGGGAGCGGGUGGCCCUGUCACCAUCGGAUACAACUCGCAUACUUUUCCGGGGUCUCCACUGUUCGUCAAAGCCGCAAUGGCUGCCGGUAUACCGUAUAGUAGAGACUUUGGCGUUGAGACCGGGCUGAAAGGAACGAAUAUGGUACUGACGUACGUCGACUCUAGAUCCGAACGCGUCUCGACGGAAACCGCGUAUCUCACUGACGAUGUGCUCUCACGCCCCAACUUGUGCGUCCUAACGCACGCCCGUGUGACCAAAAUUGUCUUCUCCAAGAAUGUGAACGGUGCAUCUCGUGCGACUGGGGUCGAGUUUGUGCGUACGGUAGAUGGCGCAAACGGAAGGAGAUGGAGAGCCAAAGCAUGUAGGGAGGUCGUACUAUCCGCUGGAGCUAUCCACUCCCCUCAGAUUCUCAUGCUCUCUGGGAUAGGGCCUGCAGGGCACCUCGCCCACCAUCGGAUUUCUCUGGUUCAUGAUCUCGCUGGUGUCGGCGGGAACCUUGUCGACCACACUGCGUUUUAUGUGCGCUUUGCCGAUAAGAUGGGAAUCACCAUCAACUAUGGCAUUCCCUAUGAUGUGCCGUCUUUCGCCAAGCUCAUGACUGCGAUGGCCAGAUAUCAGCUUGGUGGAAAGGGUCCGAUUGCCUCUAAUGGUGGGGAGGCUGUGGUGUUUGUGCGUUCAAACAAUCCAGACCUUUUUCCUGAGAGCGAGUGGCCUGAAGCCAUUGAGGAUGCGAACUCGGGGCCUGAGAGUCCAGACAUCGAGUUAAUCCUCUACCCAGCGCCAGUGGCAAACACCAGAAACCUUACCAUCAAGCAGGGACUGCACGGGUACACCAUUGUUGUCGUAAACCUUAGACCCACUAGUCGUGGCUCAAUACGACUGAAGAGUAGUGACCCUUUUGACUCACCGUCUAUUGACCCGAAUUACCUCGCUACACAGCAUGAUAUGGACGUGAACAUCCGAGGCAUCCGCCUCGCAUACAAGAUCGCGCACACCGCUCCGCUCACGGACAUGACGGACACCGACUGCAGAGAUCCGAUCCUUGAUCACCACUUUGACAAGCUUACAAACACGGAGAUUGAGAAUAUUGUCCGUGAGCGCAUUGAGACCAUAUACCACCCUGCGUGCACGUGCCGCAUGGCCCCGCUCGAGGAAGGUGGGGUUGUUGGCACGGACUUGAAGGUGUACGACGUCGAAGGUCUAAGAGUAUGCGACGCCAGUAUAUUCCCGACGCUUGUUUCCGGUCAUACGGCCGGUGCGGUUAUAGCAUCUGCAGAGAAGCUAGCGGAUCAGAUCAAAGCCGAGUAUAGAUUUCUGAAGGCUACUUAACUCAUCGGCAAAGUGUUUUUUGCCCUUGCACUCUGGCUAUUGCCUCGCCUCAUCGCCUCGUCGUUGACUGAUGCAUCGGCCUUUCUGUCUGUGAACCUUUCUUCACGCAUUGUAUUGUACGUACUCUAAGCUUCCUGUCCCUUUAUUUAGUGUUGCGCCAGUGUAUAUCCCAGUUUGACCAGGCC